AUGGCCAGCCUCUCGUACAUGCAGCGCACCUUGCUCACCCUCCAACCCCUCCGCAUGUCUCUGCUCGCCAAACAGAUCGCCUCCUGGCACACAUCCACCCACAAGCAUGAGGACAUCCCACACGCACACGAAGAGCAGCUCAAGCAGGUCUACGAACGCUUCGAAAAGCUCUUCACCAUCACCCCGCAACGACUCCGCAUGAUCACCGACCGCUUCGUCGGCGUGCUCGAAGAGGGCCUCCAAAAGGACGGACAGACCGUCCCCAUGCUUCCCGCCUACGUCUUUGGCUGGCCCUCGGGCGACGAGGUCGGCUCCUACAUUGCGCUCGACCUCGGCGGCACCAACCUCCGCGUCUGCCACGUCGUCCUCAAGGGCGCAGGCAAGUUCGAAAUCACCCAGUCCAAGUUCCGCCUCACCGAGGAGCAGAAGCAGACCGAGGGUCAGGAGCUCUUUGAUUUCUGCGCAGACUGCCUCGCCACCUUCAUCCAGGACCACUUUGGCGACGCCAACGGAGACGUCAUCCUCGAAGAGGAACUCGCGCUCGGAUUCACCUUCUCCUACCCCAUGGAGCAGGACCGCAUCGACCACGGCAAGCUCGUCCGCUGGACCAAGGGAUUCGGCAACCCCAACACCGAGGGCCGCGACUGCGCCGCCAUGUUCCGCGCCUCGCUCGAAAAGUUCAAGCUGCCCAUCAAGAUGGUCUCGAUCAUCAACGACACCACCGGCACGCUCAUCGCCUCGCACUACGUCAACCCGCAGACGCGCAUCGCGUGCAUCUUUGGCACCGGCUGCAACGCUGCCUACAUGGAGCACAUCGGCGACAUCUCCAAGAUCAACCACCUCGGCCUCCCCGCCGACGAGGACAUGGCGAUCAACUGCGAGUACGGCGCAUUCGACUCGUUCAAGCACGAACACAUGGCCGAGAUCCGCACAAAGUACGACGAGCACAUCGACCUCCACUCCAACAAGCCGCACGAGCAGUCGUACGAAAAGAUGAUCGCCGGCCUCUACCUCGGCGAGCUCUUCCGCCUGUGCAUCUGCGACCUCAUCGACGAGGGCGUGCUCUUCCUGGGCCAGAACACGUACAAGCUCGAAAAGACCAACGCCUUUGACACGGCCUUCCUCUCGCUCAUCGAGUCGGACCCCACCGACGAGCUGCUCACCGUCACGGGCCUCUUUACGCACUUUUUCGGCAUCGACACCACCAUCGAGGAGCGCCAGUUCUUCCGCAAGCUCGCCAAGCUCAUCGGCACGCGUUCGGCGCGCCUCAGCUCGUGCGGCAUCGCAGCGCUCGUCACCAAGAUGGGCUACCUCGACUCCGGGUGCGGCGUCGGCGCCGACGGCUCGCUCUACUCCAAGUACCCCGGAUUCGCAGACCGUCUGCACCAGGCGCUCGAGGACAUCUUUGGCGAAAAGGGUCGCAACAUCCGCACCUACCAGGCCGAGGACGGCUCGGGCGUCGGCUCGGCCAUCAUCGCCGCCAUGACCAAGGCGCGCAAGGAGGAGGGCAAGUUUGCGCAUGUCUAG